UGAGUUAUAAUUCCAGAUAUAGAUCAAAUCGUAACGAAACACACUUUCAACAAAUGGACAAAUUGUACAAGGAAAUUCCACAUAAAUUCGUUAUGUAUGCAAAACUCGACGAGGGUACAAGACUGGUCAAGAAAAUUAAGCUACAGAUGUACUUAAAUUAAUCAUAUCUUCAUUCUGGAUCACACUGCAGUAAUGAUACCUUCCUAGCACUCAUUAAACCUGGGGGACUGUGGUUUUUUUGCCUUUCUUCUCCCAAGUCUCAUUUCAACUUAAUAUUUAAUAAACCACACAGAGAAAAGAAACAGAGUACUUUUGUGGGAGGGGGAGCAGAAGAAGACAGAGGGAUCAACCGACCAAAAACUAGAAACCUUUGCAACAACAACAAAAACAAGCGACUCCAAUUGUUGGUAUUCAACUGCAAAACCAUCAAACUCCCCUCCCGAAAACCUUAUAUAAACCUCCAAGCCAUGGCUCACUCAUUUCAACAAAACAAAGCAGCACAGCAAGCAAGUUCAUUCUGCAUUCAACUUCCUUUUUCCUCUUCUCUUCUGUUGUGAAAUCUAAGUGCAAAAAUAAUGGCAAAGAAUGUAGCUCAAUCUCCCCUGGAGACCAGCAUGGCUUCACUUGACCAAAGGUUGGCCAUGGCCAAGCGUUGUUCUCAUGAGGGAGUGGUUGCAGGAGCAAAGGCAGCUGUCCUUGCUAGCAUUGCUACUGCAAUCCCAACUGUAAGUUCAUUUGCUAGUGCAAGAAUGCUUCCAUGGGCAAGAGCUAACCUAAAUCACACUGCCCAAGCCCUCAUCAUCUCCACAGUUGCUGGAGCAGCCUAUUUCAUAGUUGCUGAUAAGACUGUCCUAGCUACAGCAAGGCAGAACUCAUUCAAGCAUGCUUCCAAAAAUUGAAGAAGCAUGGAUUCUAGUUUCUACUGUGAUCAAUUAUGUGAAAUUCAUCCACUGUGGUGUAUAAAUAAGAUGAGCUUCACGUAUGAAACUAAAACAAAUAUGUAUCCAGCAAUUGGAGUAACCAAAUGGGGAACCAAGUUCAGCUUACUUACAUGGUUUACCAGUAGGCGUUACACGAACACCGGCCAUCUCUGAAAUGAUGGAACCGAUUUCUGUCUCUAGCAAUG